GCACGAACCAGAUGCCGGCGGCGGCAGCGUCUACGGCGCAUUCCCGAUUUUCACGCGUCCCAUGUACGUCCCGCGCCUUCUUGCCGCCAUGGCGUUGGCCGCCAGCUCCGUCUCGGCGGGCCUCUGUACCGCCGUCUCGCCCGGCUCGUACGCCGAAGCGGCCAAGUACCCCGAGUUGAAGCCCGUCGUCGAAGUCUUGCGGCAAUAUGCGACCGCGACCUGGUACACGGAUCGCGGAGGCGACUCGAUCUCGGAAUUGCUCUCAAAGUGCGCCGGCGCCACGCCCGUCAUUGUCGUCUACGGUCUCCCGGGCAAGGACUGCUCCGGCCACUACUCGUCGAGCGGCGGCAACCAGUCGCCAUCGGACUAUGCGCGCUGGAUCGACAGCCUCGUGUCCCGCGUCGGCAACACCAACGUCAUUUACAUCCUCGAGCCCGACGCGAUUGGCAAUUUGGCCAACAACGAGUGCGCCAAGCAGAAGGGGUACCUUCCGAACCUCAAGGUCGCGCUGCAAAAGCUCUCGUCCAAUGCGAACGCGCAGAUCUACGCCGAUGUCGCGGGCUGGGCCAAUCAAGGCGCGGCCCAAGACGUGCUCUCCGACCUCAAGUCGGCCGGUCGCCUCAACGGCAUUGCGAUCAACACGUCCAACUACAAGGACACGGACACGCUCAAGAGCAUUUGCGCGUCGUACUCGGGGGCCACCGGUGGGCUCCACUGCGUCUUUGAUACCUCGCGCAACUUUAACGGAUCACCCCAGAGUGAGUGGUGCAACGCCAAGUCGGGUGGCAUUGGCGCACCGCCGGGGACGCCCACGGGCAGCUCGAUCGUUGACCACUACCUCUGGAUCAAAGUGCCUGGCGAGAGCGACGGUGAGUGCGACGAUGGCACGCACUCGUCCGACUCGGGCAAGGGACCGGCGGCCGGGCAGUUUUUCAAGGAGAACUUUGCGCAGCUGUGGGACCACGGCUACUUUGUCAAGGAAAAGGGUCUGCCCAAGAUCGGCGGCAACUGGGACAACCAACCAUCGCCGCAGCCAUCGCCGCAGCCAUCGCCGCAACCGUCGCCGUCGCCCUCGCCGAGUACAAGCGCCCCUGUCACGUCGACACCGGCGCCGACCACCGAGACACCGGCACCGACGACCGAAACGGUGACACCGGCGCCGACCAAUGCGACGACGACACCGACGCCGACGACCACCACCGAAGUACCCGCCCCGGUGACCGAAGCCGCGUCGAUUGAGACGGCGGCGCCGACGACCAAGCCGGUUGCAACCACCGCGACCGCCAACAUUGUGAGCGUCCAGUCGGGCAGCGAAGAGUCGUCAAGCAACGGGAUUGUCAUUGCGCUUGCGUCGCUCGUCGGUGUCGCGGCGGUCGUGGCCGCGGUCCUCGCGGCCGUCGUCAUCCGGAAGCGCAACCUGCGCGAGAAGGACGACGAUAUGAUCGAACGCGACUCGCGCGGCAUCGUCGUGCUCAUGGGCACCUCCCGGUACAGCGAAGCUGUGCUCUAAGCCCAAUAUGCGUCUUUGCUAGUCGUCGUCGUCGUAGUGUCGUAAUAUAUUCGUGUGCUUCUUACAAAGCGCCGACUACCGGUCGGACUAGUAUUAAACAGAGCCAUCACCUGUCCCUUUC